AUGAGACGGGCGCGGACGGCACUGGCGGCCGCCGUGUGCCUAGCCCUGCUCAGGGCGGCGGAGUCGCAGCCGACCGUGUGCAAGCUGAACCUGCACUGCCCGCCGGGGUUCUACUGCGACGCGGACUCCCUGGUCUGCCGCGAGUGCCUCCGCUGUGAAGACCUCAAGCGGGCGCCCCCGCAGUCUGCCACGCCGUGCGUCAAGUCAGUAGUGGAGUGCGGGCCCUGCGAUAAAGGGUUGGUGGAGGAUCACAGGGGCGAUGUGAACGCUCAAUGCGUCCCCAGGAGGGCGGGAGACGAAUAUGAUGGAUUUCCAAUGUACGGUUGGGUGCUGGUGGCUUUGCUGUGCAUCGUUGUGCUGACACUCUUCUCUGUAAUCGUGUGGUACGUGCUCAAGCAUCCAGACACCUUGAAGGUCCUCGCGUCAACCAGCACUUCAAUGCAGUCUCGAUGCGAUAGGAGCGUGGUGCCGCCUACCGCUCCUGACCAGCCGCCUCCGUACAGGGCGCUGUACUCCACGGAGCAGCCCGCCCCUCCCUCCCCGCCCCCCGCAGCAUCCCCCUACCACCCCUCGCCACCUUUCAACAACGACCCUGACCUCCAGCCCAACGACGAAGAGUCGUCGCUGUUCAUAAAGCGGCCGGUGGCGGGGGGCGGGUGGGCGGCGCGCGAGUCCGCCGGCAGCCAGGCGGCGCGCGUCUACAACAAUCCGGCGUACGUGCGCGGCGCCCAACCCCCACACGGUUACGAAUCGGCUUCGUCCCAAAGCGCGAAGGGACCGAAGGUGACGGAAGAGGAAGAGGACACUAUGGAGAGCACGUGGACGCCGACCGAGAGCGCCGACCAAAACGACAACACGCCAAACGGCUCGUCCGGCUCCUCGUCGGGCGACGGUGGCGCCACCAGCUCGCAGCUGCCCGCUUUACUGGCGGUCGCGCGCUCCACCACGCUGGUGCGGGCGCCGCCCCCCGACAACGCGCUGCUGCCCUACGUGCGCCAGGACCCGAACAACAACGCUAGCCGUGGCAGCGGUGAGGCCUCUUCCGUGUGCGGGGAGGGCGAUAGCAGUUCGAAUCCCGGCCACGGUGGAUCCUCCUUCAUCAUCAACGUCAUCCAAAACAUCAAUACACUGCCCCAGCGGAGUGACGUUGGCCAC